AUGCAGCAGCCAAGAGCUCAAACUCAGAGACUCGGCGCGUGGCCGACGACGUGUAGUCUGGUCUUGGUGACCCUGUGGUGUCUCGUCCUGCCUUCGCUGGCCGGCGCCGAGUCAACAUGGGGGACUAGUUCGAGUGCGAAAGGCCACAAGCUGCCACGCGACGCCCUGUCGGUGGUCAACGAGCACCCUCGCCUCUUCGCUUCGGGUGACCAGUGGAACGGCCUGGGAGCUCAAAUUGCGAAAAACGAUUACCUGCGCCAAUGGAACGAGACCAUCAUCGACCAAGCCAACGAGCUGUAUAGCGAGCCCGUGAUCCCGUAUCCUGACGAUUGCAAUGUCAGCGUCGGAUGUACCCUGGAGGUGGCAAGAUAUAUUCAGUUGAGAGUCAAGCACUGGGCGUAUGCGUACAUUUUGACAAACGACGUCAAAUACGUCAAUCGAACAUGGGAGGAGCUUCAACACGCGGCCGGAAACGGCACCGAGUAUUUUGGCCGGCCUGGCGACAACUGGAACUCGAGACAUUUUCUCGACACCGCAGAGUUCACGGCCGCGUUUGCCUAUGCAUACGACUGGCUGUACGAUGCAUGGACCCCUGCACAGCGUGAUGCCCUCAUGUGGUCAAUCAUCGAGUUGGGCCUCCAGAAAGGCAUCGACUGUUUUGCUGAUCAAGGAGUGGGUUGGUGGACCGUCGUGCGUGGAAACUGGAACUGUACGUUCAAUGGAGGAUUGCUCCUCGGAGCCCUCGCCAUUUACAAUGAAGAUCCUACCGGUACCGCGGCACAGAUCCUUCCCGACACGAUUGCCAACUCGCAGGAAUACUGCGCUCAUGCCAUCAGUAGCGACGGCACCUGGCUGGAAACGCCUGAUUACUGGUAUUUCGGCAUCCAGUCGUUUGCUCAAAUUGCCGCCGCUCUCACCAGUGCAACUGGCUCCGACCAAGGGACGCUCGCCGCGAAUCCCGCUGUCAACUUGACCGGCUUGUUCCGUAUCUACAGCCAGGGCAUGGUGGAUAAGUUCAAUUACGGUGACUGUGGACCUGAAAAGAUCACUGCCACUGCCAAUCCACUGAUGUUCUUUGGCAAACAUCUGGGGAAACCUAGGUGGACCAAAUACCAGCGCGACCAAGAUGACGCCGCGGAUCCUUUGAGCAUGUUCUGGUACGACACGGACACCCCUUCGGGCGAGUGGUCCGACGGCCUCGAGCUGGAUCAUUACUUUUCCUACGUCAACACUUCAUGGGCGUCGAUGCGGUCUAGCUGGACCGAUGACGACGGGUUGUAUGUGGCAAUGAAAGCUUCGACCCUGAUGGGUCACCAGACACACGGAGAUCUCGACGCUGGCGACUUUGUCCUCGACGCCAUGGGAGAACGGUGGGCUGGCGAUCUCUGCCAAAACGACUACAAUGGACCGGGCUACUUUGCGAGCGAAAACCAAGACAGCCCGCGCUGGCUGUACUACAGAUGUGGCACGAUAGGCCAGAACACGCUCCUGUACAACGGGAGCAACCAACUCGUCAACGGAAUCCCCGUCACCACGUUCAACUCGACAGGAUUGUCGUCGACGACCAACUCCAGCACGGCCUUUUACAUUGCCGAUCUGACAUCGUUCUACGAGGCGACUUCGAUCAAGCGAGGUAUCAGAUUGCUGGACGGCCGCAAACGAGUCCUCAUUCAAGAUGAGAUUGUCAACGCCGGAGAAUCAAGCCAAUGGAGAGUUCAUACAAACGCAACGGUCGAAUUGAUCAACAACUCGACGCAAGCUCUCCUAACCCUCAACGGCAAAACGGUGGUCGCAGAAAUCACAUCCCCAGGCGACCUCGUCUUCACAACCAUGGAAGCCGUCCGCUUACCCGACAGUCCACCUCUGCCAGUCAACGGCACAGAUCUCCCCAACACCGGCGUGACAGUGCUUGCCAUCGACAUCGCUCCCGGAACGCAGACCGUGUCAGUGGUGUUCACGCCGCACUGGUCGGAUUACACACCCAACAACACGACCAAGCAGAUUCCACUGAGCGCUUGGAACUUGACGUCCCACGACACUCUGGACACCACCACCGCCGCACACAACAGCAGCAGCAAGAGCGGCAACAAUUCUGGUUCGCUCUCCUCGAGUGACGGAUCCGACUCGCAGAACGGAACAUCCACAAACAACUCGACUGACGGCUCGGCCAAAAACUCGGCCACGCGCCCGCUCGAGUCACAAUUUUCCACGACCAUGAGCGUUUUGGUUUUCACCGCACUCACGGCGGCAGGUGUAUAUCUACUAUAA